AUGCACUCGACGGCCAUCUACGGGAUUCUGGUCAUUUUCGCUUACGUGGAGUCAGCUCCCCUCAGGGGUGAUUCAAAUCUAGAGGAGAUAGAUCGAGUCGUCUAUUUUGGUACAUUUGAAGAAGGGAGUUCUAUGAAGCCUUCAAAGGCCCUUUUGUGGAUUGAAAAACGUUGUUUUGGUAGACCUAGCGGCUCAGGGCUCGUGGCAUCACCAGAAGGCACUGAAGCACCAACAUCACCAUCAGCUACAGCUGCGAUCAAACUCACUGAAAACAUAUCUGAGGUUCCAAAACUGCACUCCUCUUUUGGCUCGGAUUCAACAGUGGAGAUGCAAUCCACCUUCAGUCCACUGAAAGUGCACUACGACGACUACAACUACCCAAUUCUGAAGGCUUAA